AUGCUGUGCAUCUCUUUUUUUGCCCUAUUUUUAUUUUCAUUUUUAUUGUUUUGUGCCAUUUUUUUCUCCCCCGCAUCUCUCCCCUCGCCCACGGUACCCGACAAAACCACCGACAGCCAUGCUCGUCUACUUACCCUCAACAUCUUCAUGCGGCCGCCUGGCGUGAAGAAUAACUGGUCCGAUUACAAGGAUGACCGAUUGGAGUAUAUCAUGGAUUACAUUUUGCCAGAGUAUGAUAUCAUUGCAUUCCAAGAAGCAUUCGCAUUUGCCUCGCGCCGGAAAGACCGUCUUAUUCGCAGAGCCCGGGAACUCGGAUUCAAUUACCAUGUGGAAUCACCGAGACAUUAUCCGUGGGAAUUGGCGGUAGAUGGCGGUCUCUUGCUUAUUUCAAGGUUCCCCAUUCGGCAAUCAGACACGAUUGAGUUCCCCAGAGGAACACACAGUGAUUGGUUGGCUAUUAAAGGCGCGCUUCAUGCUUUGAUUGAAUUGAAUCCAUCUCGAUCGCUUCACGUUUACACCACCCAUACCCAAGCUUCAUACGAUUUGUUCAAUGUGAUCAAUCAGGGCGACACGGAAAUCCGUCUGAGUCAAUUCGCUCGGUUGCACCAGUUCAUGAGUGAUACGGCCGGAAACGAUGGGUUCCCUGUUAUGGUGAUGGGAGAUCUCAAUGUGGACGCUGCAACACACGGCGAAGGCAUUGCCAUCACGCAACCCUCCAAAGAAAGUUCACGUGAAUAUCGAAUGUUGAUGGACGUCUUACGAGGCACCGGGAUCCAUGGGCUGACGGAGAAAGGAGACAUGUCGACUGCGGUGUUUGAGCAUCCGUGGAAACUGGAUUUGACGGAUGUUAUCUAUGACCAUUACGGAUAUCACCCUGUAACCUUUGGGGAUUACGAAAUGGACGACCGUGGUAACCUACGCCCAGCAGAAACCGUCCUGACAGAUUCGGAUCAGCUGAUGACGGUCCAAAACAUUGAUCGUAUGUUAUGGGCGGGCCGGUCCACGCCGGUGCAAAUCGUCGACCCCAAAGUUGAAAAGUUCAUGGUCAAAGAUAAUUUGAACAUGGACGAAGAGCGACGUGCUCGUACAGCAUUCACACAAAUUUCAGGUAAGUUCCUUACCUUGACGGCAAGGAGAAGGGGAAGGAAUGAAAUUCUUUCUUUUUCUCGUUACGUUUUCCAGACCUGGGAAGUGCUGAUUUUUUUUUUUUUUUUUUUUACCAGAUCAUUACGGUUUAAGUUGCGUCAUGCAAUUGAAUCCAUAAAAAGCAUAUGCAAGUCGCAUCAGCGCAAUCAGGCCGAUUACCGUUCGUGUUACCAUUACCGUUGA